GCUCACGCCUCCCCCUAGAGCGCCGAUUGUUUCCGAAGCGUGCACAACGGACCAGGCCGAGAGCGAGGAGACGCGUAUGGAGCGCACGGGUUUGGAAUACUGUAUAUUCUACACACAGCGUGAUUUUGCACGACAUUUUGAAGACGGUGGGUACAUAGCCUACGUUGAUGUUUCGUAGUGGGACUGAAUACAUGUAAGACAUUUCCAGCCUCCUUCCUCAUCUACCUGGAUCCAGUGUGGGGGAUACAGAUUGGCAUCAACAACAAAAGUCAAGCGUGGUUCAUCCUCAACCCCCCUGUUUCUCCCCCCCCCCCUCUACCGGCCUGGUCCAUGAGGUGCUGGAUGAAGUAGAAUGGAUGACAGCCAGAAUGGCGUGCAGGUCGGAGAGAACAAGUUCAUCAGCAAGAGAACCAUUUUAUCCCAUCUGAAGACCUACAACCUCUACUAUGAGGGAAAGACUCUCCAGCUCAGACACCGAGAGGAGGAGGGAGAGCUGAUCGUGGAGGGUUUGCUCAACAUUUCCUGGGGCCUGAAGCGACCAAUCAGACUGCAGAUGCAGGAUGACCACGAACGAAUCAGACCUCCUCCGUCCUCCACUUCCUGGCACUCGGGCUGUAACCUGGAUGCGCAGAGGUCAGAGUUCAUGCAUGACCUCAUCAAACAGCGCCAGCACUGCCGCCGUUACUAAAUGCGGACACACUGUCACAGACACCCAGUCUCCUGUCAUGCUCAUAAGCUCAUAGCACAGAUCCGGUAGCUUCCUCUCAGUGUGAAUGAGGCUAUUGUGUUGCGCUUAAUUCCA